AUGGACACAAAGUGGGUGACUUCUGAGUUGGCAUGGACAACUCAUCCAGAGACUGGGUGGGAAGAAGUCAGUGGUUACGAUGAGGCCAUGAACCCCAUCCGCACAUACCAGGUGUGCAACGUGCGGGAGGCCAACCAGAACAACUGGCUUCGUACCAAGUUCAUCCACCGCCAGGACGUCCAGCGCGUCUAUGUGGAACUGAAGUUCACUGUGCGGGACUGCAACAGCAUCCCCAAUAUCCCUGGCUCCUGCAAAGAGACCUUUAACCUCUUCUAUUACGAGUCGGAUACAGAUUCUGCCUCUGCAAACAGCCCAUUCUGGAUGGAGAACCCCUAUAUCAAAGUGGAUACAAUUGCCCCAGAUGAGAGCUUCUCCAAGCUGGAGUCUGGCCGUGUGAACACCAAGGUGCGCAGCUUUGGCCCCCUCUCCAAAAAUGGCUUUUACCUGGCCUUCCAGGACCUGGGAGCCUGCAUGUCUCUCAUCUCUGUCCGGGCUUUCUACAAGAAGUGCUCCAACACCAUUGCUGGCUUUGCUGUCUUCCCGGAGACUUUAACGGGGGCCGAGCCCACUUCUCUGGUCAUUGCGCCGGGCACCUGCAUCCCCAAUGCAGUGGAGGUGUCUGUGCCCCUGAAGCUGUACUGCAACGGUGACGGCGAGUGGAUGGUACCCGUGGGAGCGUGUACAUGUGCCGCUGGAUAUGAACCGACCAUGAAGGAUACCCAGUGCCAAGCUUGUGGCCCAGGAACCUUCAAAUCUAAGCAGGGGGAAGGUCCCUGCUCUCCCUGCCCACCCAACAGCCGGACUACCUCUGGAGCAGCAACAGUCUGUACAUGUAGGAACAGCUUUUUCCGGGCAGACACAGACCCCGCAGACAGCGCCUGCACCAGUGUUCCCUCUGCCCCCCGCAGUGUCAUCUCCAAUGUGAACGAGACGUCGCUGGUGCUGGAGUGGAGUGAGCCGCAGGACACAGGCGGGCGGGAUGACCUGCUCUACAACGUCAUCUGCAAGAAGUGCAGCGUGGAGCGGCGCCUCUGCACCCGCUGCGAUGACAACGUGGAGUUCGUGCCGCGCCAGCUCGGCCUCACCGAGCGUCGCAUCUACAUCAGCAACCUGAUGGCCCACACCCAGUACACCUUCGAGGUCCAGGCUGUGAAUGGCAUCUCUAACAAGAGCCCCUUCCCUCCCCACUUUGCCUCUGUCAACAUCACCACCAACCAGGCAGCCCCGUCUGCCGUGCCUACAAUGCACCUGCAUAGCAGCACUGGGAACAGCAUGACACUGUCGUGGACUCCCCCAGAGAGACCCAAUGGCAUCAUUCUUGACUACGAGAUCAAGUACUCGGAGAAGCAGGGCCAGAGCGAUGGCAUUGCCAACACGGUCACCAGCCAGAAGAACUCGGUGCGGCUGGAUGGGCUGAAGGCCAACGCGCGCUACAUGGUGCAGGUCCGGGCACGCACAGUGGCUGGAUAUGGCCGCUACAGCCUCCCCACCGAGUUUCAGACCACUGCAGAGGGUGGCUCCACAGGCAAGACUUUCCAGGAGCUGCCUCUGAUCGUGGGUUCGGCCACUGCAGGGCUGCUUUUUGUCAUCGUUGUGGUGAUCAUCGCUAUAGUCUGCUUCAGGAAAGGGAUGGUUACUGAACACCUCCUCUCGUCUCCUUUGGGCAGGAAGCAACGCAACAGCACAGACCCUGAGUACACGGAGAAGCUGCAGCAAUAUGUCACCCCUGGGGUAAAAGUCUACAUUGACCCCUUCACCUAUGAGGACCCCAAUGAAGCCGUCCGGGAAUUCGCCAAAGAGAUUGACAUCUCCUGUGUCAAAAUUGAGGAGGUCAUUGGAGCAGGGGAGUUUGGUGAGGUGUGUCGUGGGCGCCUGAAGCUGCCUGGCCGCCGCGAGAUCUUCGUGGCCAUCAAGACACUGAAGGUGGGCUACACGGAACGGCAGCGACGGGACUUCCUGAGUGAGGCCAGCAUCAUGGGCCAGUUUGACCACCCCAACAUCAUCCACCUGGAGGGUGUGGUGACCAAGAGUCGCCCUGUCAUGAUCAUCACAGAGUUCAUGGAGAACUGUGCACUUGACUCCUUCCUCCGGCUGAACGAUGGGCAGUUCACAGUCAUCCAGCUAGUGGGAAUGCUGCGAGGCAUCGCUGCUGGCAUGAAGUACCUUUCAGAGAUGAACUACGUGCACCGGGAUCUGGCCGCCCGCAACAUCUUGGUCAACAGCAACUUGGUCUGCAAAGUGUCUGACUUCGGGCUCUCACGCUUUCUGGAGGAUGACCCAGCUGACCCCACCUACACCAGCUCCCUGGGAGGCAAGAUUCCAAUCAGAUGGACGGCUCCUGAGGCCAUUGCCUACCGCAAGUUCACUUCAGCCAGCGAUGUGUGGAGCUAUGGCAUCGUCAUGUGGGAAGUGAUGUCCUACGGGGAGCGACCCUACUGGGACAUGUCCAACCAGGACGUGAUCAAUGCCGUGGAGCAGGAUUACCGCCUGCCACCCCCCAUGGACUGCCCCACAGCGCUGCACCAGCUGAUGCUGGACUGCUGGGUGCGGGACCGCAACCUGCGGCCCAAGUUUGCACAGAUCGUCAACACGCUGGACAAGCUGAUCCGCAACGCUGCCAGCCUGAAAGUGAUCGCCAGUGUCCAGUCUGGCAUCUCCCAGCCUCUUCUGGACCGCACUGUCCCAGAUUACACCACCUUCACCACCGUAGGAGACUGGCUGGAUGCCAUCAAAAUGGGACGGUACAAGGAGAACUUUGUCAAUGCUGGCUUUGCCUCCUUCGACCUGGUGGCACAGAUGACUGCGGAAGACCUGCUGAGGAUAGGGGUGACGCUAGCAGGGCACCAGAAGAAGAUCCUGAGUAGCAUUCAGGACAUGAGGCUGCAGAUGAACCAGACACUGCCGGUGCAGGUUUGACCAGAGGGGACUCUGCGUUGGAAUGGACUGAGGGAACCUGCCAACCAGGUUCAGUUUGUGGUGCAGCCCGGAUCCCGUUUCCCCCUUCACACGGCACUCCUUUGCCUCGGACAGUCACCUGGGAUGGAACGGGACGGGCCACCCUUCCCUGGAUCCGGAGGCACUUGUGCCGAGAGGGAGCCCAGCUUUUCGUCCCGUAUCCUGGAGCGGCGAGGCAGCAACGCAUCUUCAUAUUGAAGAUGGAUUAUGGGACAGAGAUGGCACAUCCUGCUUCCCGCCCUGUCUCGGUGCUUAUC